GCUUGGAGGAGGAUCACAGACAUCAGAAACAUCAAUUCUUCUUCUACCAUUGAAGCUCCCCCACAUCCUGCAUUACUGAAAAAUGAGGAUAUUGUGUGUCAUCGCAAGGAUCGCCACCAUCUUAUGAAGGACACAACCUACGCAUGCCACCAAAUU